AUGUCAAAUGACAAGUGGUUCGAGAUGAACCAAAGCACCCAGAAGCUGAUCGGCGAACCACCGAAGCGCAAGGUACGCAUCGGACGCAUGGACGCGCGCGCGCACGCGCUUGACGAAUGGCUAGGUCGAGUUGAAAGCAUUUGCAAGUCGUUCGCUCCGUCGGGGGAGAGACAGAGAGAGAGAGAGAGACACAGAGAGAGAGAGACAGAGAGAGAGAGAGACGCCGCCGCCGCCUGUGACGUCGUUUGCGCUCAGUUUGUUCAGAUACGUUGGAGCUCCAUUCUGGCGGUGGUCCCGACGCUCCUCUUGGUCGUGCUUUUCAUCCAAAACAUCGUCUUCUUCCACUUGAACAGGCCUCAGGACAUCGUCAAAGAGUUGGGCGCGCUGGUGGCGACUUUGCCCAACAGCAUCCCGGACCGCAACUGCACCGACUUAGCCUGCCACUGGACGGCGCUGCAGACCGCGUUAGCACAGCUGAAUGCAAGUCACGCGGCGAUUUCCAACGACCUGGAGAAGAGUCAGACCGCAUUCGCAAGGCUGAAGGCAGGUCAGGAGGCAGGUCAGACGGCAUUGGCGGAGCUGAAGGCAGGGCAGGAGGCAGGUCAGACGGCAUUGGAAGAGCUGAAGGCAGGUCAGACGGCAGGUCAGACCGCAUUGGCAGAGCUGAAGGCAGAGCUGAAGGCAGGUCACGGCGCGAUUUCCAGCGACCUGGAGAAGAGUCAGACCGCAUUGGCAGAGCUGAAGGCAAGUCACAACGCGGGUCAGAGCCUGCUGGCCAAAGUCUGGCAGGAGAUUAGCAGCGACAAAGGGCUUCUGAGUCAGACACUGAAAGGCCUGAAGACGGACUACAAGAGCAUGUCUCGGGCGCUGUCACAAGAGAACAAGGACUUCAGUUCGGCUUUGUCCAGCCUGCGGCAGAAGGUGGUGGAUCAGCCCACACUUAACAGGGAACUCCAUGGUCUCAUGCCCAGAGACUGCAGUGACAUCAUGGCGGCGGGAAAGUCCCAAAGUGGAGUCUAUACCAUCUUUCCCGGGUCCAACAGCUUCGAGGCUUACUGCAACAUGUGGCAGGGCGGGGGAGGCUGGACCGUGAUCCAGAGGAGAAAGGACGGCUCCGUCGGCUUCAUUCGGGGUUGGAACGACUAUCGAAAGGGCUUUGGACACCUCGUCGGAGAGCACUGGCUCGGCCUGCAAAACAUCCAUGCUCUGACGGCCUCGGGCGGUUACCAGUUGCGGAUCGACUUCACCGCAUUCGACGGCGUCAAAUACUACGCUCUCUACAACGACUUCUCGGUGGGCUGGAACUCGAUGGACCCCGACAAGGACGGCUACCCGCUGUAUGUGAGCGGCUACUCUGGAAACGCAGGCGAUAAAUUCACCCAGCAUUCUGGGGAGAAGUUCACCACCAACGACCGCGACCAAGACAAGUGGGAUAAUGGCAAUUGCGCCACCAGGUGGGAUGGCGCUUGGUGGUACGAGUACUGUUUCUGGUCCAACCUGAACGGGAUGUACAGGGCAACCGGCACCUGCAACGGUCACACUGCAAACUGGGGUAAUUUGGGGCCAUCAGUGGAUACCUGCCUGAGAUUCGUGGAGAUGAAGAUCCGGCCCAGAAAGUGA